UCUGCGCCUCUUUCUUCUCAUCGAGCGUCUGUUUGAAGUUGUUACUCUUUGUUUUCUGUCUCUCGUAGUUGUUUGAUUGAUUUUCCAACGAGAAACAUGAACAGUAACUCCAGUAUUAACUGCAACGAAGGCUUCUUGUGUGUGUGUGUGUGUGUGUUUUGUGUGUACUCGAUCUCCAGGACACUCUGCUGGAGCUGCUGUGUGACGCGGUGGCGUCGUCAGGACAGCAGCGGCAGGGGAAAGGCCUCGUGAUCAGCAGUUUUCCCAGAGACCUGAGACAGGCGGAGGAGUACGAAGCAAAGAUGGGUGAACCCAGUGCCGUUCUCCUGCUCAGCUGUUCUCCUGACACCAUGUCCAGUCGUGCGCGGUGCCGCGGCACAUCCAGCUCCGGCCUCCACCCCGGCUCAGACAGAGACGACGCCACGCACCGGACGGCCAAGAGCUUCUGCGACCACAGCCAGGAAGUGGCUGACCACUACCAACACAAGAAGCUCCUGCACACGAUUGAUGCCGAGCGGUCGCCGGAUGAUGUGUUCGCCCAGAUCUGCCAGGCGAUGGACUCCUCCUCCACCUUCUGAUCUCCACCAUUUCCUCAGAACAACCCCCCCC